CAAAGGCUCAACAUAAGAAACCAUCAGCCGUUCAGAGGCGGCUUAAUAUAAUAUAAACUGUGUAGGUCCCUCUAAAUUAGACAGUGGAAUGGAGCUUUUAAAGGAAGAACAGUCUAAAGUAAAAACAAUGCAUGAAGGUGGAGCUUAGAUUAAAGAAACUGCUGCUGCAACAAAUCGCCACCGAAAUAGAAUCAGUAACUUCUUAAACGUUCGUUUAAAAUGCACAAAUUCAUCUUUUGGCUUUUGCUGGUAAUUCUAUCAAUUGGCAUGUGCAUAUUUACGGGUCUGCAGGCGAUGGAUAGAUACGAAACCAAAAGCACAGUUAUGGGUCUCGAACGUGAUUUCUACUUUUGGCGCACACCAGUGGCCAGUUUUACUGUUUGUCCCAUGCGACGCCUAAGUCAGGAUCUAUUCGAUAAGUAUUGUCAGAAAAAGAAAAUCACUGGCACACAUAAGGAGGAUUUGCAACUCUUUCUAGAAACAUUAGCUAACUCAACGUAUUUCAAUUUCGCCAAUAUAACGGUACGUCCGAGUAUCGAUAGCACCUUGGAUCGUUUGCGCUUGAAACCUGCUCAAUAUAUGUCUUUAAUAUAUAAUUUGACUACCGAUUUUACACAAAUGGAGGAUGAAAAUGAACGUAUACGGUUAAAUGACGGCUUUAAAAAUUUCGUCGUACGUCAAGUGUUAACCGAAUUCGGUAUUUGCUAUUUGGGCAACAGCUAUUUACAUGAUGAGUACACCGCAAGGUAUUUAUUGUUCGGCAAAUAUCCGAAAAUCAAUAAGGAACAUGUUAAAAUGUUACUGGGUAGCUAUUUCGAUAGCGUGUUGCUAAUUUUAUCGGUGCCGAAGACGUUUGAAAGUAUUGGUGUUUUCAUACACUCCUCGCAUGAUGCCUUGAAAAUAGAGCAAAAGUUCUUUUACACGAACGAAGCCGUAUAUUAUAAAGCCGAGACUAGGGAGAUUAUAGCUGAAGAUGGUUUUGAGAAAGCCACCACAAUUGCUCAACGCAAUUGUCGCUUUCCGCACGAAUCGAAUUUGGAACACUUUGAAAUUUAUACCAAAAGUUUCUGUAUGCAAGAAUGUCGUCUAAAUAUGGUUUAUAAAAAAUGUAAAUGUAUACCACAUUUUUACCCGAAUAGAAUUCGUAAUCCAAAGCCGGUUUGCUCUUAUGCUGCACUGAAGUCCUGUGUGGCCAAAAAUGCAGAAAAUUUUCGGCGUUUACACAGUUUGAAAGCUCGAAAGACGGUGCAUUGUCAUUGCAUGGAUUCCUGUUUCAAUAGCAUUGUGGUAGUGAAGAGUGUGGAAGUUUUAGCAAAUCUCAAUGUAUUUCAAACUGGUUUCACCGUUGGCGUUGAGGUGACUACCUGGCCUUUGGAAUUGUUGAAGCGGCAAGUAAUUUUUACUUUCACUGAUUUGUUGGUUGCUGUUGGCGGUGCAGCGGGGUUGUUUCUUGGUUUUAGCGUUUUGGGCGCCAUAGAAUUCUUUUAUUAUUUCACACUACGUUUAUUAUGGUAUUUAAGAGGUUACAGAUAUUAAAAUAGAACGUGAAUAGCA